AACAAGGCACACAAGGGCACAACAGAGGCGAGACGCUUGCGCGCGCGUGGGGAGGAGAUUGAACGGGACGAGAGCGAAGUCCCGGAUAAAGAGGGAGGAGAAGGGAAAAAAAAAGCCAGAGGCUGCCGAGUGCAGAGGAGUUGGUCGACAUGGCCCGUCUCACAAAGGCGCAGCGUGAAGCGGCGGCGGCCGCGACAGGAGAGGCUCCGUCUGCCUCGACCUCUGCAUCCUCCACUGCCCCAGCUGCCGCCGCCGCCGUCGCAGACGCUGCAGAGGAUACGCUAGCGGACGUUGCUGGCGAAGACAUCCUCGACGAGGCGGAGAGCAACGGCAAUAGCGGCGCCAAGCGGGCAAAGCCAAGAGGAACGUCGCUCUUGACAAACGCGGGUCCGCGCGCGAAGUCUCGAAGCAGUGGAGCGGCGGCGGCAGCAGCGAGGAGCAGCCCAUCGGUCGGUGCUGCAGCUGCAAACGAGGAUAACGAAUAUCCUUCCUCGGCCGCUGGUGCAGCAGGCAGCACGGGACCAGGAGUACAGAGGGCCAGGUCAGCAUCGGAGAGCGAGAUGAGCACGAGCGAAGGGUCGUCGGCAGGCGACGAAGAGGAUCAGCUGGCGGCUGCCGGUGCCGCCGGUGAUGACUCUAGGGUUGAUGGCGGUGGUGAUGACGACGACUCCAUGGUCGGGGGCACCGCCGAGUCGCCAGAGGUCAAAUGCAUGUGGGAGGACUGUGGAAUGACCUUCACGAGCCUGCAGCCGUUCAUCAACCACUUGCACGACGACCACGUUGGGAUCCACAAGGCUCGAUAUGCAUGCGAAUGGACAGGCUGUCCGAGGAAGGGCAAGGCACAGACGAGCCGCUUUGCACUCUUGAGUCAUCUCCGGAGCCACACAGGCGAGAAGCCUUUCACAUGUCCGCGUCCUGAGUGCGACAAGUCGUUUACGAGGUCGGAUGCGCUUGCCAAGCAUAUGCGCGUGCAGCACAACAUCAACCCCACAACGAGCCGAGGCAGAGGCAGCGCCAAGGACACCACGCAGGGGUCUGGCGGCCGGGCAUCGCGCGUCAAGGGCGAAGAAGAUGACGACUGGGCGAGCGGCUCUGCAGCAGAGGGAGGAACAGGUCUGGGAGGCGCAGGAGGAUCCGGCGACGCGUUGGACGACGAGCUCCUCGGCCUGGCCGAGGGCCCAGCAUCGGGGAUGGACUUGGAUCAGUCUCUAACGCUCAAUGGAGCCGCCUCGGCUGCCUUUACAUAUGAGAAUCUUUUUGAGACUGGCGCCUCUGCCGAUUCCAAGGACAAGGGCCCACGGGGCGACACGGGCGAGCUCGACGGUCCCCUCUCCGUUGUUGCCGGCCUGCCCAUGACGGACGAGGAGCUGGGCAUCGUGCGUGACCAGAAGAUCAGCAGCAAUGUGCUCCUCAAUGACGAAGAUGUCGAUGAGGAGGCAUUGGCAAAGGAGCACAAGGAAAUGGACCAGGUCCUAGAGAUGGCCAGGCGCGAAUGGGUGCGACGUGAACGGGAAAAGGCAAAGAUUCGGCUCGAGGAGGAGAAGCUCAGGGCGCCGCAGGAGGAGGCUGUUCCGCCACCGCCGCUAUCGAGCACGGCAAUGGGCGCCGACGAAGAGAUGGCCGACGCGGGGCCGACAGAGACAAACGGAAAGAGGCCGGCAACGUCUUACGACUCGGAAGAGGAAGCGGCAGGAGCCGAAGGAGGGCCCAAACACAGCAAUGCCCUUGCGCCAUCACCCCCCGCGUCUAAGCGGCCGCGCCGGGCAAGCCAGCGCAAUCUCCACGCCUCUACCACGGCCGAGGAGCACUCGAUUGGCACGACGCGGAGCGCCUCCAAGUCGGCCCUCGCCACGGCGCAGCAGACGGCAGAAGCGACAAAGCUGACAAAGGUCUACCUGAUUGAAAAGGCUAAGCUGAGGCUAGUCAAGGACGAGAACGCCAGACUCAAGGCCGAGCUCGAGCGGCUGAGAGUCGAGGAGCGGUGGGAAAAGGGCGACAAGCGAAAGCUGCUCGAGAGAUGCUUGGAGGCAGAGCUUGGACGAGACGUAGGGGCCAUCUUCAGCCCGCCGCCUUCGCCUGGUCCAGGUGCUGCGCCUUAGAUGAUCUCUCUCUCUCUUUCCUCCUCCCUCUCUUCUUCUUCUGCAAAAUCGCACCGCGACCAGUCCAGAUAUAGGUGAAAAAGUCCAUAGUGAAGAUUCAAAAGGAAAGACGUGUGUGUGAGACAUGUGUGAUGGAAGAGGACAAGAUCAUUAUACUUCAUCGCUGGUAGUUCGUCGGGGCCGGAGCGGCCUUGUAUGGAAGAGGCGCUUGUUGCUGGAAAUGACCGUGGGGCAAGAACUGCUGGUAGCUUCCAGACGGUUGUCUUUGUUGUUGCUGUAGCGGUGGUGGUGGCUGUUGUUGGCGCGGAUAAUUUGCGGGUGGCCCUUGGUAUUGAUUAGGUGACUGGUACGGGCUGGAAUGUGGCUGGUAGUUGUUAUUCGGGGGCGCUUGAUAAUGGUU